AUGCAGUUGCGUCCUGCUUUCCAAGCUUAUGGUUUUUACCUGAAAAAGGCUAAUAAAAACACACCUGAUUAUCACAUAAUAAGUGAUGUUUUUGGUAAUACAUCGGCUCAAGCAGCUGGUCUAAAAGUGAACGAUCAAAUUAUAGAAGUUAACAAUGAAAAUGUAACGAAACUAGAUCAGGCUGAAUCAAAACAACGGUGCAUACAAAAAACUGGAUCUAAUGAGUGUACUGUAUUGGAGAAACCUUCAACUUGUGACAUACAAUUACAUUUACAGAAAAGAAAUGCAAAUAAAGUGAAUACAGAGUCUAUGAUAGACUUUGAGUUGCCGACACGAAAACCAGAUCUAUCAUUUGCUGCUGACGAAAUGAUAUUGGGCACGGUUGAUAAUGAUUCAAAGGAGUUAGGAAUUAAGAAAGUAUCUUCGCAAGUAGAAGAUAGGAUGGGGUUAGUUGCUUUGCAAACAAAAGGUUCGGCAAUUUAUUACCUUCUUACUAAGAAGAAGCGAUUAACACUUGAUUUAAGUAAAAUUUCGACACCAGUCGCCAUUCCUGAUCGUAUUAAUAUCAAAGAAAUUAUUGAUGAACAUGUAUAUCCAGGAUAUCUCGCCAGAUUAGAUUACGCCGUAUAUGCCGUGAUUGUACAUAAAGGUAGCAGUUGUCAUCAGAGGCAUUAUUAUCUGUAUGUUAAAAACUCUGACGGAAAAUGGGUUUUGAUCAAUGAUGAUAAGAUUUACAAUGUAUCAUUGAAUAAAGUGCAAAGUGAGAUUACAGAUGCUUAUAUAUUGUGUUAUGAGAAACUAGAAAGAACAGCAGCAAAAGUGCAAACAAUUCACCAAAAUCAAUUAGAACAGUCAGGUAUAAUAGAUUCUGCCGAAAAUAUAUCAGCAAAAAAUAUGGAAACAGAUGACAAAGACGAAGUUUUGGAAGGAGAAGAUAUUUUACAACCUAUGUCUAUAUCGCAAAGUGGAAAUAGCAAGAAAAUACCAGCUACUCAGGAGUUUGAAGAUUCAGAAGAUAAUGAACAUGAUUACGCAAUGAAUCGUACGACCUCGUCAAGAAUUCUAACUUCUGAGGCCAUCUCAAACUUGUUAGGGGUGGAUGUACCUGAUAAGUUUUCGAAAUCGGUCUCAGAAUAUAAAAAAUUAAAAUUAGCAUCGGGACAUCUACAAACUAUCAAAGAAAGAUGCAUUAUUAAGCAACAAGAAAAGCAGGCAAAACAACAAAGUGGUGAUAAAUCGGACUCUAAAAAGCGAGAUUUUACGGUACCAGAGAUUGUUAUACAAUACGUUAAGACAAUCAAUCCGUACUGCAGUUUACAAACAUAUACAAACAAGUUUACAGUUGCCACUGAACGGAAUUCUCCUGGUCAUUUAAUGCGAACUGUUGGCUAUUGCGGCAUAAAAAAUCCGGAUUGUCCAUUUCGGUUUACCUUCAAAGCGCGUUACAUCCGUAAGCCAGAACGGCAAGCAUUGAAAGAAGCAUUCGAACAAGGAGCCAGUCCAACUCUAGUAUUUCACAAGCGUUUAGCGCAAAUUCCAAGGAAUAUUUUAAAAGCUGGAAAUUUAGAUGGUGCUGGAAAAAGUGUAGCAAUAUAUCAGAAAAUUGCCGCGUUUAACGAAUCCGCUUCGUUCAAUAACUGUGCUACUAGACUGUCCGAUUUAAAACAAAAGUAUAGACAACAAAUCAUGCCUCACGGUCCUGUUCCAGGGAUCAUUCAACGCGUAGGCUCCGAUCCAUUAAUAGUUAUCUGCCUCACGUCGACGGCAUUAGCCUUAUGGGAUAUGCAUGCUACUGAUGAGAAUGCUGAAUUUACAUGGGACGCUACCGGAAACGUUGUUCAGUGUCUUGAUCUAAAGAAGAAAAUAUUAUAUUAUGAGUUGACAAUGGCAAACCCAAUCAAGAGGGGGACGCCCAUUCCAUUAACAUUUCUUUUAUCCGAAACCCAAGAUGCUGUUACUAUUAAACAUUGGCUUGAAACAUUCAAACAACUCUACUUGAAACAAUUUGUCCUUGAGAAUGCAUAUUUUGCGCUAGGUACUACCUAUUACAAGCAGAUUAGAGGUGGAGCAAUGGGUAGUGCAGUAACUCAAGACCUAGCUGACAUCUAUGUAAUGGACUGGGAAGGUGAACUUUUAGAAAACCAAAUAGCUGAUAAAGAACUCUAUUUUCGCUUCCGAGAUGACAUCUACCUAACAACCCGUAGAAACCUGAUCGAGUUUUGCCACAUUCUUGAUAAAAUGGAUGAAAAAGACCCCAACAUUAAGAUCACUUAUGAGACAGGAGAUUCGGUUGAUUACCUUGAUGUUACAGUUAUAAAGCAACCUCGUAGAACCUCUUUCCGCACAAUAGUCUUCAGAAAACCCGCAGCUCAACCUUAUGUCCUACCUUUUGAAUCUUCUCAUCCCUUGAUUUGAUUUGAUUUGAUUUGAUUUUUAUUUCGACAACAGCAGUUUUGAAUGGAAAAGAGUAAACUUUAGUAUUACAAUACAAAAAUUUAACUAAUACAUAAACAUGUUGUCAGGAAAGCAAAAAAGGUUUU